UGAGGCAAGCUGUCAAAUACUGACACCAGCCAUCAAAAAUUCACACAGUCGAAAUUGCUGCGACAGAAACAACAUGACACAGGAGCCGAACCAUUUUACGCUGCCCAGCGGCGCCUUCGAUAUUAGCCGCGAUGUGGAGCGGCUCAUGAGCAAUACCCACGAGGACUUGUCGCACUUUCAUGAGGAGGUUAAGCACCUGAUGCUCAACGUGAACGAGGUGGUGGCUGAGAACAAGCAGCUCCGCCUGCAGUUGGACAAAUACAAGCAGGCGGAUGCAAGGAAGCCUGGCGGCCUUGAGGAGGUGCAGCAGCGCAGCCAGAUGACCGAAGAUGCCUUGGCCAAUGCCUUGAAACAGAUCGAUUCACUGCGCAAGGAGCGCAGCAGCCUGAAGCUGCUCCAGGAGUGCUCACAGCGUACCAUCGACAGUAUGGAAAAGGAGCUCAAGAACUACCGGAGACAGCUGAACGAACCGAACGACGAUCAGAUCAUCAAGAAGUACAUUAAAGCUAUUAAAAUGCUGGAGGAAAAGAUAGCCAGCCAAAAGGAGAGUCUGCGCGCACAGGCAGAGAUGAUCAAAGUGCUGAACGAGCACAAACAGCGCAACGGCAUGCAGAUCGAGGAGAUGCAAGCGAAGCUACAGAAGAAUGAACACUGUUCGGUCGUCAUUAACGAGCACUCAACGGAAAUUGCCAAACUGAAGCAGCAGGUCAUGGAGUACGAGCAGCGUCUGCAUCAGACUCAAAAUCUGCUCAAGGAGUGCAACAAGCGGGAGAGUGCGGCCAUGACUAAGGUCCAGGAAGCCCUCAGCUUGAGCGAGUCGGCUGUGCGUGAAAAGACCGAGGCGGAGAAGCGAGCCGUAAGCUAUAAAGAAGAGCUGGCGCAGCUGGCCGCCAAUAUGGGCAUCAUCCUGCAGGAAGAAGCCAAACGUGUGGACAGCGAGGUGGCCACGUUAAGGGCCAAGCAGCGUGAGAAGGUUAGCGUGACGACGACCGCAUUCUGGUUUCCUAAUCACAUUUUUCUUACCCAUCGAUUCCAGCUCAAACAGGACAAGGCGGAGCACUUGGCGGAUAUGGCGGCGCUGCAGGCGCGCUACACACGAUUGGAGAAAAAGUACAAUGAGGUUGUUGAUCAGUACGAGAGAAUCGAUGCUGAGCUGGAGGAAACCCGCAAGCGGCUGAGCGAGCUGGAACGCAACGGACUCAUCGAAGAACAGCAGAAAAAUUCCGAGCUCAAGAUUAACGAGAGUCGAUUAAGCGACUACAUGCAGCACCACAGACAAAAAACAAUCGAGUACAAGGAGACCGUCAAGGACCUGACGAUAAAGUUUCAGGGCGAAGUCCGACGUCUCAUGGAUAUGAACUCUGAGCUGAAGGCCGAAAUAAAGAUAUUAAAGGAUGAAGAAGCCCGAGGCAACACCAUAUAGCCAGGCACUGCAAUUGUUUACAAGCUGUACAAAUAUAGAUAUAUUUUUUUAAGGUUAUUGCAUA